AUGAAUCUCCUCUCUAGUUUCAAAGAUGCCGGUCUGUCCCAGAGUCCAGGGUCAAAGUGCACGCCCUGCCCUGUUGUGCAGCCGUCACCUGUGUGUGGGACGGACGGCCACUCCUACUCCACCAAGUGUAAGUUGGAGUACCAGGCCUGCAUCACGGGGAAGAAGAUCGCUGUGAAGUGCUCCGGCAUGUGUCCUUGCCCCGCCCACCCCGAGCAGAGCCCCGCCCACCCCGAGCAGAGCCCCGCCCACCCCGAGCAGAGCUCUGCAGAGAGGAAAGUGUGCGGCGCGGCGGACCUGAAGGCGGUGGUGAGCCGGCUGAGGGACUGGUUCAGGGUGCUGCGUGAGAACGGGAACCACAGGAGGCUCAAGAUCCAGAAGCCGGAGAGGAGCAAGUUGGAGGUGGGGUCGUCUCCUCCCUGUAAGGACCCCCUGGGGUGGAUGUUCUCCCGGCUGGACACGAACUUUGACCUCCAGCUGGACCAAUCAGAGACCAGGAGCCUCUACCUGGAGCGCAACGAGCCGUGCGGCCACGCCCUCCUCAGGUCCUGCGACGCCCACGCAGACAACGUGAUCUCCAGCUCCGAGUGGUGCUCCUGCUUCCAGAGGUUCACAGAUUCUCCUUGUCAAGCAGAACGAAACGAAAUCAACAAAAAGCAACCGGGGAAGAAACUGCUGGGUCAGGACCCGCCCUCCUGUGGUGAGGGCGGGUACUUCAGGGCUCAUCAGUGCCACAGCAGCAGCGGUCAGUGCUGGUGUGUGGAUCGCUUCACCAGGCGCAGGCGGCGGACCCACGGCCCGGCGGCCUGCGGCGUGGUUCUGGAGUCUUCCGGAGACCUCGGCAGCGGAGACUCGCUGCUCCCCGACGACGACGAAGACGACGACGAAGAUUCCUUUGUUCUCAACGACCGGGCCGGCACGGACGACGAGCGCGACGAAGACGAGGACUACGAAGACGACGACGACGACAACGACGAGUACCUGUCGUAGUUUUUAUUGUUUGUUUUUUUUAAAUGAAAAAAAGAAAAAAGAGAAACCUGUGUCUGCACGUUGCUAGGCAGAUUACCCGUACUAACAGCCUAUGGACCUCUCUGUGUAUUGUUUAUUCAUAAGUAUAACACAACAAAAUGAUCCUGGCAAACGUU